AGCGAGAACGACAAGAAUCAACGACGACUUCUUUUCCCGGAUACAAGCCACAUCUCGUCGGUGUGUAUCAAGGAGUAAGACAAUUAUGCUCACUAGGCAAUUUUUUUUCUAUGGUGACUACUAUACGAGGGAAGAAUGAACAUGUUCAGACACAUUUAGGCUGGUUUUCGGGCUGAGCUUGAAGUGAAGGUCGCAGUUGUUUGCAUUCGCACUUCAGCCCUAAGAACAGCUUUCAGCUUUAAUAAGGAUUGUUGCGCAGCAUUAUAAGCGACCUUUAAGUCUUUCUGAACACUGGAUGUUAUGACUAAAAAGUCUGUUAGGAGCUUAUGGCGAAUUUUCGUUUUUCCUAGAUCCUCCAAUAUUCUGUCAAGCUUGCAGGGAGAAUCUUCCAUACAUAACACCUCUACUACUCGUUUUAAAAUAAGGGAGAAUCAUUGUUGGCUCAACUGAUUUUGUCCACCAUUUAUUCAAUUUCUCGCAACCUACCGUUGAAUUUGGAUUCAGAAAAGAUGCCAGGGUAUCAUCUACCUGACGAUGAUUUGGAACAUAUCUCGCCGAAGUACAUAUGCAAGCACUGCCACUUACUGUUGCGUGACCCAGUGCAAACACCAUGCGCACACUUUUAUUGUCGAGGCUGUUUCGAACAUUUGAAAAGGUAAACCUUAACAUAUACACCAGGGCCCAGUUUUGCAAGCGCGGAUAAUACUAUCCAAUGGAUAAAUCGCUAUCCAGCGGAUAAAUGUUAAAAAAAUGUAUUACGCUAUCCGUCAGAUAGCGAUUUAUCCAACCACGGCCGGAUGUAUUCUCCAGUGUCACAAAGAAUAAGUGUCUGUCUUCUGUUCGAUAAAUAUGCAAUUUUCACGAAGCAAGGAAAAUUCCAUUGCUUAACAAAACUUUGUUUCAGAGACAGAGGCGAAAAAACAUCCUCGCGAUUGCUUAACGUCGUUCAGUCCGUUUUAAGUGUCACGAUAAAUAAUUUUCAUCACAUUUGUCUUAGUACGAUUUCAAUAAAUUUACAUCUUUGACUCUCGCAGGGACGCGGUUUUCAAGUGUCAGAUUGAUGAUGAAGAAUUCAGCGCUGCUCGGGUUAGUCAACCUAGGUAGACUGUUAAAUUCAAGGAGAGAUAAUGAGAAAAUCAUACGAAAAUUCUCUGUUGGUGAAAAAUUACCAUACAACUAAGUUUUAAAUGAUAACUUUAAGGCGACGAUCCGUAACCUGCGCUCCAGUGGGGAAACAGCUUUUUUUAUUGAUCAAACGGUAUGUACGAGUUCACGGCAUGCGUGUCAAAUGAUUGAUCAUUUUCACUGGUGGAUCCAUAGAAUAUUCCCCGGUACUUGCCUGGUACUUGCUAAAAUGAAUAGAAGACACGUGGCAAAGAAAACCUCCUAGUUUCGAGAGUGUCAGUGCCCCAUUAGUGCUCCGCUUCUUGUUUGGAGAUAGUUUCACUCCAUUCAAUUUAAGCUAUUUCCGGAAUACUUAACAAUUAUUCACCAAAGUGGAGGUGAAUAAUUUUUGUAGUGUAUAGCACACAGGUACCAAAAACUUGGUUUAUUCUUUCAAUAUUCUAAAAAUGGUCAGAAAUUAAAUUUUUGACGCGCCAUUUUGUCUCAUCGGUUACUCGGAAGUGAAUGGUUAGUAAUAGCUAUUUACUUCCGAACUGGCCGAUCAGCGCGCGCGAAAAGCAGAUUUCAUUUGUGUGGUUUUCACAAACAAAAAUCCUAAGAAUACGUUUCCGAGGCAUAAAAAUUUUGUCUCCCGUAACUGUCAAUGAUUUAUUUCAAUUUUGUAUCCAUAAAUGUCGACUGCAUCCGUAUUGAUUAAUAGAUAAUAAAACGAACAAUUUUGCAGAUCUUUCCUGAUGGAUGUGUCAAGAAGGAGAUCCAAAGUCUUACGGUGCAUUGCUUGCAUAUCGCCCACGGAUGUGAGUGGGAGGGUAAAAUAUCUGAUCAAGAGGUAAGUCAACCGUCCGCACAUAGCUGGACUAUUGUAUUUAUAAAAACCUAAGUAAAUUUAUCACGGAAAUAGGGGUGGUAGUAGUUCGUUACUUUGAACUAAAUCUCCCCAAUUCGCCUGAAACAACCAACACAGGUUAAAUUGAAAUUGUUUCAGGUCAAAACUUUACCUCUAUUACGUCUUUUAGCCUCCUACAUAUACUACUGCUGGAUGUAAACUGUUAUUUGUUUGGGUAGAUCUGGUCCUAACUUAGUCUCUCAAGAACAUUGCACGGAAAUUCAGAUUGUUCUUUUUUCUCACCAUCACUCGUAUUCGGCAUUGCUCUUACGCUUCACUCCUACGGAAGAAGACUCAUAUGGAGGAGGAAGCUGUGUAACUUUGAAAGGAAAGAAAGGAAGGAUAAAUGGACGGACAAGGGAAGAAAAUUCUUUCGCCAUCGGUGAAAAAAUCUCACUCCUUGUCAUUAGUGACUUAUAGACCUAUAACGGAUCUAUAGUCCCAUGCAGAAUCCAGCAAGCUACAAUACUUUUUACUUUCCCCAAAGUUAAAUUAUCACUUUGCCAUGUAAGCCAGCUAUUAGCUUUUGCAAGGGUACAAAGCCUCCCUCGCCUCGCCAUCUAAAAGAUACUUCACUCACUGCUUUUAGAAAUACCCUAAAACUUAAGUUAAAAACUACCCUAAAUGUCGUAAAAAUGAAGAAAUAAAAUAAUGAUAAUAAUAACUAACAAGUACUCCAUGAGCGCACGUCGGGUAUAUGAUGGUAAACAGCCAACAUGAUAGCGCCGAGUUGGCUAUAAGCAAUCUCGUCGAACUAGCGCAAAUGAAAUUAUUAAAUUAGGAUAUCCACAAUAUACUGAAGAAGUGUUUUUGUAUUUAAUUUAUAAGAAAGUCCACGUUAGCAACAGUUGGGUAAAUUAUUUUCCAUAUAAGGUGGUUCAGUAUAUGAGCCGCUAACCGGAACUAUGGAUAACUAGAAAUGUAAUAUCCGGAGUUUGAAAUCUAAUAACAAACAAUAAUCAUGGAUUCGCCAUAGAUUAACUUAACUUACGAACAUCGAAUGGUGGCAUAACUUACAAUUCUGGUUUCUAGUUACUCGUUUCCUUCGAUCGAAUGGUUACAAUUUUCUUCAUAUCUUUUCAUGACAUCCAGACUAAAGCGAGUCGACCCGCAGGACUUCACUUAACCUGCGGGAUUCAAAGCUCACGCAUGAAAUUGAGGCGAGUGGUCAGUCAGUAAGUCCAAAUCGCACAGCAUCCAGAAAGAAGCUACGAAUAUAGUACGCAUUCUCUUGACUUCGAAUGCAAUAAUGAUAAUGAUAAUGGUGAUAAUGAUGAUUAUGAUGAUAAUAUCUUAGGAACAUUUGGCCAAUUGCGACUACCAAGAGAUAGACUGUGUCUACAAGGACAAGUGUAAAACGAAGCUGCUGAAAAAAGAUUUGGCCCAACAUCUGGAAAAGGAAUGCAGUCAAAGAAAGGCAGAAUGUGAACACUGUCGCCAAGAACUACCUAUCUCUGAAUUGAAGGUACGAUGCAUUACUGUCGUCAAUAAGGUUAUUAUUUUUGCUUCGUUCCUGUCGCAAGCGUUGUUGCUGAUGGCUGUGGUGCUGCUUCUCUCUUUAUAAUACUUCAACUGUUCUUAAGGUCUACAAUAGUAGAUACAACUGAAAAUCCCUUGCAAAUUUAGCUGGUAUUAUACUUUGGCUUUUAUCACGGAGAUCCUCUCCGUGCGCUCUGUCUCACAACUCCAAUAUUUUCUCUGUCAUUUCCCUUUCAUUCUUCCUUCUUUGGUAUUCUCUCUGUCAAUCACUUAUCGCCUAAUUGCGAUUGCAGGAUCAUUACAAGAACACUUGCCAGUCUCUUCCAGUGAGGUGCAUCUUCUGUAACAAGAAGGAUAUCCCUCGAGGAAAUAUGGAGGCACACCGUGAUCCAGAGAAUGGAGACUGUGAGGAAUCCAAAGUCCCUUGUCCUUUCCGCCUUUUUGGAUGCGAAACCACAGAGGUAUUUUCAGCAGUAUCCUUGGGACGACUGAUUUGUUUGUUGUUUGAGGAAAUAACUUGUUAGGGAUUUAUUCUCAGUCCUUUAACCGGUAAACGAAGUUUUUCACUUCUCUCACAUGGUACUAUUUGUAAGUCUUGCAGUCUUGCCUCACAUGCACCUACAUAUGUACUUUAUUUCUAUAGUUAAUUCACUUAUUAAUAUUCAGCUAAUAGGAUGAAAAAGUUAUCAGAGGUCAUGGUUUUUUUUUCUCCAAACAAUGAAGAAUUUAGACUGAUUUCCAAUGUUCACUGCAAAAGUGAUGACUUCAAUUCUGGUAAAUUCUGAUUUCUUGUGGCUAGAUGCCCAUCUAUCCUGUGCUUGAAUGAUUGCUCUCAGGUGUAGUUUUUCUUUUCGGUCAUUUUUGAGGGUGGGCCUAUUGACUUAAGAGGGUCCUCCUCUAUUAUUUCAGGAGAUGAAACGUAGCGAAAGACGCGAGCAUGACGAGAAUUUGGUGGUCUUUCAUCUCGGCCUCCUUCCCUCCUUUGUACUCCGUCUAAGAGACCAGCUUGGAUUUUUUGUUAGCGAGAUAAAACCCCUAAGAGAGGGCGUGGCUGUUAUGGGACGACUGAAGUCCACAGUCUCUCAGCUUGUGUCCCAGGUAACAGCAGUGGUGCGAGAGAAUGGGAGCAUACAAGAUGAACUUCAUGAUUUAAGAUCUCGUUUGAUGCACGUGGAGGAUACCUUGGUGGAACCCGAUUCAGUCCCCACAGGACAGCAUGGUUCCCUUGCCGCUCAGUAUCAACAGAUAACUAAUGUGUUAGAUGACGUUAAGAGGGCGAUCAGCAACAUGCAAGGACAGUUUGCAAAUCACGAGUUUCUACUCACAGAAGCAAAUCAAGCCAUACACGAACAAAAUAACGAAAUUGUCUGGCUCAAAAGACAAGACGAAAGAAACCGAGAACUUUUGAGGCGACUGCAAGCAAAAGUAGACUCAAUGGAGGAAGCCACGAGAACGACAAAUCUGCCGCCGGUUGCUGCUCUGUCAAGUAACAGAGAUCAAGAACCUUACAGUUUCGAUGGCGUUCUUCUUUGGAGGAUUUCAAAUGUCUCAGCCAAGAUAUAUGAUUCUUUCAACGAACCAGAGAAGUCCUAUUACAGCCCUCCGUUCUACACAAGUCGUCAAGGCUACAAGAUGUGCGCGCGCAUCUAUUUAAAUGGCGACGGGACAGGCAAGGGAACGCACAUUUCGCUGUUUUUCGUGCUGAUGCGUGGCGAAUACGACCCACUACUACGCUGGCCAUUCCGACAGAAGGUCACCUUCAUGUUGUUGGAUCAGAAUAAUGUGGAACAUGUGAUUGACGCGUUCAGACCUGAUCCGAAUAGUUCAUCCUUCCACCGACCACGAAGAGAAACAAACAUCGCCAGCGGUUGUCCCUUGUUCUUUCCGCUGACGGAAUUGAACAAACAUGCUUAUAUCAAGGAUGAAGUUAUGUUCAUCAAAGUUAUAGUUGACUGCUCUGACCUGUAAAAGGUAUAUAUAUUGCCUAUGAAAAAUUUAGCCGCAGUGAAAUGCAAAUUUUCAAUAUGUUUUUUUAUGUUUUGUUAACAUUUAUGAUUUUGAGAAAAAAAUGAUACCUUACUGAAGAAAAAAACGUAAAAACGUAAGCCUAGAAGUUCUACAUUUAGAAGGAGUCAGAGAUAAAGCGCAAUAGAAACACUAAUCUUUUGUAGCUAAAUAGUGGGGAUCUUCGUAUUCUUUUUCGAUUCUUUCCCAUUAACCCUUUUAGUAGUUGCCAUUAGCAGACUUCCAAGAAUUGCUAUCUGAGACGAUUGAAUUCCAUUCUUUUAUAGACUUGGUGAUUUCGACUUUCCUUAUAUAGCAUUCCAACUAUUACUUUUGGGAAAUUGGCUGUUUACCUAGGCUACUAUUCUUGAAAUGUGUUUAUACAUUGUAGGACACUUCAACACUGAUGAGCACGAAAGACGAUCAAAUGGUAGAUUAAUUUGCACAGGAACACACGAAAAGCUCAAUUACAAGUCAUGAAACUUGUAAUGCAGAAAUGUGCUGAUCGUGAAGCAGGCCUUUGCCUGCUAAAAGGAUUAGGGUGUUACUGAGACAAUAAAAAAGAAGGUUUAUGGGGGUUUCGCGGCAUUGCAAGUUCGCCCCCCCCCCUUCCCCCCUGAAGUACAAAACGUUCGCCCCCACCUUCACCAGUUUGCCCCCAAAUCUUUUAAUUCGUUUCCUUACCGUUAAGAAUAUAUUCUUUUUCUGUCGAAAUCAAAAUGCAUUUUUUUCUACUUUUGAGUCAAUCAAAAAAAAAAACUGUUGAAAGAUUUUAGAGCGAAUUCGUAAGGGUGGGGGCAGAUUUGCUUUACUACAGGAGGCGGCUGAACAGACUUAAGGAGGCGGAAUAGCUCCAGAUACUGGGAAAAAAGCACCACACUCAAAAAAUUGAUGACAAAUGUUUCGAUAUCUCGCGUGGCGCCAUUUCGGAAUGUAUGACGUUAUUUGAGUGCAGCCCUCGUUAACCUAGCAAUAAUAAAAUUUUCUCUUUGAUUUCUUAAGGGAAUAGUUCGUAUAUAAAGUGGCAACAAUUAAAUCGUCAUAAGGAAUAACGCGUCAAAUCCACAUGUAGUCAUAGUUUUAGUUUCAAAUCAGGCUAAGAGGAAAGCUUCAUUUAUUACGUAGUUAAUCUACAUGCAUAAAGAACAUGAUGUAACCGGGUCCUAGUGCACCCCAGUUAUCAAUCUAAGUAAAACAUAAAGUUCUGUCUAUGUAAAUCGACAUAUUUGUUUUACAAAAGCCAUAGAAAUGAGAGACAACUUGGCUCGUGCCUUAUGGGCAAAUUUAAAUAGUAUAGCGGUGACAAAUAAAACCUUGAAAACAAAACUAUACUCUCCCUGUUAUAAUUGCAUUCUGAAUGUAGCACCAAAGUUUCUUUAGAAACUUACCCCCCUUAUUUAAGGCAUAGUCGACUAUACUAUUAAUUCAUAGCAAAAGCUACGUGGCGCAACCUGGUAUCAACUGAACAGAAGGUCAGGACAAUAGCCAGAGUGGUAUUUUAACACGAAGAAGAUAUCAUUUGGACAGUUCUGAAUAGGAAUGAACACUAAUAACUUGAAGCUGACCACCAGACUCUCUGAAAAGACGUGAUCUGCGAAUCAACAAUAGUCAUCGGGGAAAAGGCAUCGAUACCCUUAGUGACACGGGGAAUUUCACAGCAACACGUGCAGAUUAAAAAGAAAACGUCAAAAGCAAGUUUUGUAUAGUACCCGUAACAAGGGCUGAUAAACUGGGAGUUUUUUUGCACUAGGAGCAAAGAUUUAGCUGUAAACAGGAAGUGCUAGAUCAGGUCUAAAGAAGAACGAUUAUUAGCCAAAUGAAAAAAAUAGCAUAUUAACUAGGGAAUCUCCCUUGUUCCACUAAACAAUAUAUGUAUAAUGUGUCUUACUAACCCGUUAGUGUAUGGUACAAACAGAUCUGAAGACCCAACGGACUCAAUCCUAAUUGGAAGAGAAAGUUUCAAUACUUAGGUACGUUCUUAUGCAAGUAUUCUAUACUCAAGUUAACUUCAAAAAGUCGUCAUACUCUAUUCCCACGCUCGAUAGAUCGUAGCGAAUUUGUAAGGAGUACAUUUCUGGUGUCCUAUAUAUUUUUUAAAUUAAGCAGCCUUUUGAAAGUAAAUCAAUGAAGAUCUCUUUAUUUCGAUGGUAAGAGAAUUAAUUCCUCGACUCUUUGAACAGCCUCACAAACUCAGCCGAAAUGUUAGGCGCAAAACAAGCAUGUUUGAUCGUGCCUUCUACGUUUUUAGUUCAUGCCCCAUAAGCGCUGCGUAUUUCGUUUCGCACUGAGUUAUUUGUUAAAGGUAGUUAUCGCUCUGACUAUAUUGACUCUUCCGAAAAAGCAAACUUUAACUUUAGUGCAAAUGCCACUCGUAUCUUCUUUAGCAGGAAGCUGUAGGACUAAUUGUAAGCCCCGAAAGACAUCCGGAAGUAAAGUGAUCUCAACCAUAGUGUUUAGUUAAGCUAAUAAUGAUAAGUUUCAUGCGCUUGACUAAAGCCUUUUUAACCAACUGUUGGUAUUUAAAAUGGACCAAAACAAGUUGUACUUAUUUUGGGUACCAAUCGUGUUUCGCUUACUCAAUUUUGGGAUAGAUUUCAUAAAAAUCUAUUCAGAAUAAUGGACGACAGUACAGAAAGAACAAAAAUCUCUUCUUACUAAAUAUAUUAAAAGUGACGUUUCCGGGAAAAUUCCCAAUACCUAAUUUGGGAGUAUUUUUCUAUUUUAGUGAAAUUAUUUACUUCUGAUAUUACGUAGGUUUCAUAAGUAUCCGGAUUUAGCACUGGACUGGCACUGAUUAUAAAAUCGAUAGUGAAAAUAAAUGCGUAUAAGCUGCGAAUGCAAGGUACUUUUACCGAGUUAUAUAACAAUUAUUUGAAGAUUUAUUUGCGGAUUCUGUUUCAGUUAACGAGGGACAGUAAUGGGUUAUCGACUCGCUGAAACUGACCGAGACAAGACUGAUCCAAAACAUUUGUGUACCAAGUGCAAUGAUCUGUUACAAGAACCGAAGCAGACGUCUUGCGGACAUCGCUACUGUAGACGAUGCAUAGACUCAGUUCUGAGGUAUUUUAUAUGCAUAUACUUGCAUAGAAUUUUGCUUUAAUUGCCUACGUUACUGACAUUUUCUAUGGGUUAUGCUUCUUUCUUUUUAUUUCUCAUUCGAACCAAACGGUCAUCGGUAAACAUGAUAUUCAGACUGGCUGAUGUAAAUGUGAUCAGCAGGAAAUGCUGUUAGAAAUAUUGCUUUGUACUCUCGCCUAGUGGUAUUAAGAGUUGUGCAUGGCGGUUAGGAUAUUGAUAAUAAUUUUUUACAUAAUGAUGAUUAUAAAAAAAAUUUCCUUUAAAGAAGGGAUGGAGAACUUUCAGAGAGAGUCUGGUGUACAUAAUGUAUGUUCAAGCUUAAACGCCUCAGUAACAGAACCUAAAUAAUAAAAACGAAACACGGCUGUUUGAGAAACACGCUUUUUUCUAGUGUCUGUUGCUAAAAAUUUGGAAGGUGCCUAAUUUACUGAAGCACUGACAUAGACCUAUAUUCUGAAGCCUGAAUUAUUUUCUGAUCCCUUUAAGAAAGGGCUGGCUCGAAACCAAAACUAUGGUUUGAAACUAAAACUUUUACCCUCAUCUGAAUUAAUAUUCAUUGCUUGUCGACAUUUGCCUCAUGUAAGUGAGUUCGGGGUAACCUUAGAAAAAUGGGGUCUCCAAGCACCUAAACUGACUGUAUCUUAGCAAGAAAAUGUAAAUUGAGCGCGUUAAAGUGUGACUCAUAACUUAACUAUAUACUUUUAAUAUGAUAACAAAUUAUGACUCCAUACACUCGCGGAUUUAAGAGGUUUACCACCGAAUAAAGGGAGGUUUAAGGUCAUUUGUAAUGUUAAACACUGUGUUACCGUUUCUUGAUUGCAGUAAGGAAAAUUCGGAGAGGAAGUGUGUUGAGGAUGGUACCUUGCUAAGGGAAGAAGAGGUAAGAGUUUAUUAUAUCAGUUUACAGUCACGAUAAAGAUCAGAAACCGGUCUGUAAGGGUAAAGACUACCAACCGUAAAUUUCCGAGAAUCAUGGAACUCGGCCCCAGGACAUAUAUUCAUUAAAGGUGUUCGAAACGAGGCUUGUAUUUUGAGGGCAUCACAUACGGAUGGAAUUGCUGGUAGAGAGAGGGUUUGUCUGGUAAUUAUUUGAUUAAUAAAAAAUAACGCUGUGACUUUAGCUUCAAGCUCAAGCAUGGGUGGAACACAAAGAAACACCGGUACCGGUACCUGAUACAUGCAAUCAAGUCUGCAAAUGUGUCCUUAACUUCCAAUAUGAUAUUCUUUGUUUUUGCAUGUCCCCCGAUAGUUUAUGUAUGGAGUGGUUUUACAUAGGAGACUCUUUCAAUUUAACCUUUGAAUUGGAAGUUCUUAAUCAGAGAGGUUCGUUCAUGAAUCCGGAAUUUUACUAUAUCAUAGAAAGGUACAAAAAAUUGAGUAACGAUGCGCUUCCAAAUAUUAUCCCAAAAUGUAACGAAAAGUUCUAAGUACCAUUUUAGUGGGAGUUGCAAUGACCAGGGUGUUGGUGUUUACCUCUUACACUUGGAUAGUGAUUCGAGUUAAUUGCAGGGUUUCCGCCAGAAAAUUGAGAAGGUCUGGGUGCCAAUUUUCAAUUGGCAACUCAAUCAGGAGUUGCAUUCUGUCAAUUUACUUUAUGUCGAGGAAUUAACUCUUUCAUCGUUGUUUACCAGGCCUUUGAAAACUCUCUGAUUCACUGGUAGGAAGAAGUAGAAGUAGGAAGACAGAUGGAUUUAACAUGAUUAACAGAUUUAUUAAUAGGUUUACUAAAAGGUGCUCGCCGAUGUAUGAAUGCAUUCAAGUUUCAAUUACCUAUGUCAAUCUAAUACAGGUCUUCCCUGAUAAAUUUGUGGAGCGCGAAAUCCUCCAACUAGUGCUUCAUUGUCCCCGUUUCGAGAAAGGGUGCCAGUGGAUCGGCCAGCUAAAGCACCGUCAGGUAUUAUUAAAACUUACAGUGAUGCUUUGAUUUUACAGUGACGCUUUGAUUUUACAGUUCCGGUUCCGGUUCUGCUAAAAACACUUUCAACCAAGAAUUAAGACAGUUGAUGGAAAAAAUGAAAAAAUGAAACAUUUUAUGACGGUGAUCAAUUAAAUAGCUUAAGCUUAUCUCUUCGUUUUAGCUUACUCAAGCAUUCUAUCUAUGAGUAAAAGUGAACAGUCUGGACGAGCGAAAGGGGAGGGGGCGGGAGGAAUGGUAGUUUGAAGAGAUUUCUCACUUAUUCCCACUACCCAUGAUAAGUUUUGCUCGCCUGCUUUCUUGCUCGUCUCUUUUGAAUGAGAGCCUUGCACGAGCCACUCUCUUGUCCUUACAUCAGACGCUAACUAAGAGGUCUAGUCUACGCAACGUUCAGUCAAAGGCAUAAAAGGACCACAGACUUUUAUUACACAGUCUACAUAUUUGCAUUGGCUGACUUGCGUUUACAUUUAGAUACAAACCAAUUCGUUAUUUUUACCUAGGAUCAUGACCACACUUGUGAGUUUGUUGAAAUUCCAUGCUUACACUCCAACUGUGGAACUAUGGUUCAAAGAUCAGACCUCGCCAGUCAUCUUAAAAACGAUUGCAGAUACAGGGAGGAGCUGUGCACCUAUUGUGGAAAACGCAUCUUGGUCAUUGAUAUGACGGUAAAUAUCAUGCAAAUUAUAUUAUUCCAAUAGUGUUGGGAGUUGAGGUUUGGAUACUAAUUUGACCUAGAAAAAUGACGCAACUUUUUAAGAAGUUUCAUAAGAGAAACCUAGGUAAUAUUUGGGAAUUAUUUAAUGACAUCAACUGAGGUGAUAACAUAAAUUGGCCCCCCGUAAAGAGUUUCAAAGCUGACACCCAAUUUAUGUUAUCAACUCAGUUGAUAAUACUUAAUUAUCUUGUUAUACUCCCCCUCCGACGAAGCACCACAGUUUCUUUAAAAACCUACCCCCUACAUUCAUUUGCCAGGUUAUAUUUGGUUACAUUUGAAUCUAAUGCACAUUGUUUAAUUUCUAUUGUGAAUAACAUGAUGAAAAACAAGUUGGAGUAAUGAUAAUUACGUCAACCCGUAAAGGUAGCCUACAGCUCCUACAGUCUGUCUCUGGAUUUACACCUCGUUAAUGAUCAAAUCAAAUGCGAUGUUUCCCUAAAUACAAUCACACGCAUAUCUAAAGAAAAGAAGAUUUAACUUUAUUGUUGCUUUCUUAUCUUUAUUCUCAGGACCAUCAUCAAACUGACUGUCCAAGUUAUCCUCAGAGUUGCCCUGAAUGUGGAAAGGAAGAUAUUCCUCGCUGUCAGGUAUAUACGGGUAAAAGGGUUUUCCAAGUCAAUAUUGAGCCAAAGAGUUAUAGAGAGCAAUUAAGGAUUGCAAACAUUUGUACCAUGUGUCAAGCUGUUUGCUUGUUUCCUUUUAAUUUCUCAUCUGAUCGUCAUAUUUUCCUUCGUUCUUACAUGUAUUAUUCACUGCGGUUAAUUUUGUUCUUGUUUCUCUCUUAAACAAGAAAUCUUGUCCUCAUGGGCAAGUUUUGAUCUGUAUUUUUCAAUCACUUUGUGAUUUUAACUAGCUAUAUCGCUUCGCAUGUUGUGCAGGUCUCUGUCCACUUGGACUCAGUAGUUGGGGACUGUCAAGAAAUGAAAACAGUGUGUCCAUUUGCAGCGAUGGGCUGCAAGGAAAUAAAGGUAACAAAGAGCCUGCUCAUUGCCUCUAUAUUAAUCAAAUCUAAUGCCUCUUGUAAGGUGGAGCAGCAAUCUCACAAAUGAGGCCAGUGGUACAUUCUGCAUGGUAGUACAGUCGUAGUUAUCUCGGUUUCAGUGACAUGAGCGACAAGGAGUAUUUAUUUUCCCUUUGGAUGGGUUAACAAUGCAUCCCCGGGUUCUGUCAGUGAGAAUUAUGACUUGUACAUGAAUACGUAACACUGAACGACACUCUUUGCUUUUUAUGGUGAAAAUAUUCUGACUGCAUUUCAUAGAAAUCUUGGAGGGAAAGCAUGCCACAACGAAUUCAGUCAGGCUUAUAUAUAUACACUCUUUUUGUUUGUUUGUUUUUCAUUCAGCCUAUGCGUUUUAAUGAAAGAAAGGAUCACCUCAAAGAAUACACACCAGAACACAUGACUUAUUUGCUGCAGCACUUUACAAAACUGUCAUCUCUUGUUAGCAGAACUUUGAAUUCUGCAUCUUCAAGCAACAUCAAUGACUUAAUUGUUCCCAUUGAAAAACAACUGGACCACUCGAUUAAGCAGAUAGGGGCAGCAUUAGUAGAGACUGAUGCACUUAAAUCAAGAGGUGACCAACAAGAAUCUCGCAUCAAAAACCUGGAGAAAGCUGUGGAUCAUUUCAGACUGCUUGGUGACUCAAGCGAUUGUAAUGAGCAGCUCGAACUCUCCACAAAAGUGAGCGACCAAGCAGCCAAAAUUGCUGACCUGGAGGUGUUUAUGAUUGAAGGAAACAAAAAUGACGAAGAUCUUGGGCGACAGAUCAACGGGUUGAAGAGAGAAAACGAGAAAUUCAAGGAAGUGGUUUCGAAGAUACAGCGACGUCUCGAGUCCAUAGAGCACACCCUGGGCCUGCAUAAUGUGCUUCUGGCUGAUUUGGAGGAACAAGUCAAACAGAAGGAGGUCUCUAGUCACAAUGGCAUCCUGCUUUGGAAAAUCUCCGACUUCGCCAGAAAAAAGCAAGAUGCACUCAGCGGCAGACGAGUGUCUCUCUGCAGUCCACCUUUUUACGCUAGUAGCUAUGGAUACAAGAUGUGUGUGCGCCUUUAUCUAAACGGAGAUGGUAUGGGUAAAGGAACAUACAUCUCGUUGUUCUUUGUGGUUAUGCGCGGUCCGUAUGAUGCACUUCUCCGCUGGCCUUUCAGACAGAAGGUCACUUUCAUGUUGUUGGAUCAGGAUAACGUUGAACAUGUUAUCGACGCCUUCAGACCAGACCCAAGCAGCGAUUCCUUCCAACGACCAAGGAGAGAAAUGAACAUCGCCAGUGGUUGCCCAACUUUUUGCCAUCUAUCGGAGUUAAACAACCACGCUUACGUGCGAGAUGAUACCAUGUUCCUUAAGGUCAUGAUUGACACUACAGACAUUUGA